AUGAUGAAUUUUGUAGAUACGCUGAUAAUUCUAAAUGAUGAUGCGCCAUGCGAAUUGCUCAGAAAAAAGUACAUAGAGAUGCUGGUCCCAACGAUAAGCGUGCUAAACUUUAAGAAGGAAAAAAUAUAUAAGACGUAUAGUAAUAUAUUAUUGUACACAUACAAAGAUUAUGACUUUUUUUGGGAUCUAGACGAUAACAUUUUACAUAAGAUCCAGAAGUGCUUAAAGAGAAAUGGCACAUUAAAAUUGGUUCUAUACAUAAGUAAAACACAAGAUGAUGGUAACGGUAAGAAUAUCACAACACAAGGCAAUAAAAACCAGGAGGAAAUUUUGAAAAAAUUAAAGAAGGAAUGCCUCUACAGUGGUUUCAUUAACAUUUACAAUGAAAUUACCAUGGCGGAAAACGGAGUCAUCAUAAAUGUAACGGCAGAAAACCCCGAUUUUCUAUCAAAUGAGGAUGAAAAUUAUGCAAGUUCCAACGAUGGAGAUGCUUACGAAAAUGCAGAAGACAAUAAGAAGACCGUAAAUAGAGUGUGUGCUAACUGCACAUGUGGAAAAAAAACGAAUGGAAUUAAACUAGACAAAAUUGCCAUAGAUGAAAAAGAAGUGCAAUACUUAACGGAAAAUGCUAUUUCUUCUUGUGGAAAUUGCUAUCUUGGGGACGCUUUCAGAUGUGCAUCCUGUCCUUAUAAAGGAUUGCCAGCAUUUCAACCAGGAGAAAAUGUGAAGCUCAAUUUGAACAACGAAACUGAGUGA